AUGGCAAUUUCAGGACCAUCAAAACUUGCAGCCAAGCUGGCAGUCUCACGCCACACUGGACUGUCAUACCUUGCUAAUAGGCGAAACAUCGAAGCUCCGUGGUACGCGGAGAUGUUGAGUAGGAUUACCAUUCUUCUGUCAGGUGUACCCUGCACGGUCAUCGCUCCCCAGCUCCCUGUGAACUUGAUGGUGGAACUGGACGCGGGCGGAGAUGUAGUGAUGGCUGGCGGGGAGGAUGACGAUGAAGCUGCCGUACAAGACCCGGAUGCCAGCAUGGAGACCAUCGCCGUCCCCGUGGAAGAUGAGAUGGUUCCCGACUUCUGCGUUAUCGCCGGCGAUUGCAGGCCGGACAACACCGACGACGGUCGACUCAAGGCCUACUUCUUGGGUCAUAAAAUCAAGAAGAGUCGAGUGGUCGCCAUAGUAGAAUGCAAGCGGCACCCCAAGAGACGCCUGCCCGCACAUGAGCUCGACCAGAAGCUCCUCAACCUCUUGGCUACCGGAGCAUUUCAGGCGGAAGAUCAAGGUGCCCUGCUUUUCGACGCCGACCGAAGUGUCAAGGAAGUUUAUCUUAUUGCCUCUAGCGGGCACUACUGGAGAGUCGCACUUCUGACCCGCGAUAACGUUCCUCAAGGAGCAGGAGGCCCCAACGCCUCAUACGUCGAUGCUCCGGAGGACCUAAAGUGGUCCAAGACAUACGAGAUGGGCACCUCUUCGUCCGACCGAAAGCUGGCCUCGCUGAGGAGGAACAUUCAGAAGAUGCAGGAAGCUUUAUGCCAGGAGUAAGAGAGGGGGCAGCCCAACCUACCUAGGCCGUGCCGUAAGAGUUGCACGGUUGCAGGAUUCGCACGUGGGGCGAGAUGACAGGGUUAUUGUGUGUUCUAUAAGGUCGAAUGCGUGUUCUCGGAUUGGUUAUGAAUAUGUAUCACGCGAGAGGGUCCGCCGCUCGAAUGUGACCAUUGAAAAGGAUAGACACGCACUUGGGUAUUCGCUAUACUUAUUUCUAGUCUACUAAUCAGCCGGUAG